AUGACCUCUGAGCCAAAAGGAAUUAGCGACCCCAGCCCCAUCUCUGUCAGAGAGAUCUGGGAAAAAACCAUAGUUCGAUUUCAGCAACGAACAGGCGAAAGGCUCGAUGGCGUCUCUCGGGGGCCUCAGGAUUUGCGACAACUUCUUGACGCUCAUUAUGCCACCCGUGAAGAUAGCAAAGAUGUUGCGAAGGCUAAGGAGGUGGGAUUUCAGAUAGUUAGCUGCAUCCAGCUCCUAGGCGGUAUCGUGUCCGAAGGUGCGUCAAUGGUCUUCGCACCUGCAGGACUAUGUUUCAAUGCUCUUUCCUUUCUGCUGGAAAUUCCCAAAAAAGUCCAUGGUUUUCAUAGCGAGAUCGACGCCGUCUUUUCAGAGGUCGGACCGGCCUUGGCCCAGUUUCGGAUCUACGAGCGGAUGGACGAAAGCGCGCAGAUUGACGAGUCUCUGCGGCUGUCUAUCGACCAGGUGAUGACGAGUUUUGUGGACCUUUGCGCCGAUUGCAUCAAUAUUCAUAACGAGGGCCGCUGGAAGAGCUUCAAGCGCAAUACCAAACGUAUCCUCUUGGACGACGGGUCGGUUCAGGGCGAUUUGGCGCACUUUAAGAAACUCACGCACGACCAGCUGAAUCUCCAAGCGACCCUGACCCUGGAGGCUGCAGUGGAAACAGGCCAGCAUGUUCGAUUCAUGAAGGAAACCACCCUUGAGGUCAAUGCGAAUACAAAGGCCAUCAAAAGCGACGUAUCAGGGCUCGUGGAAGCAGAGCACAAGCGCAAAGUGGAUGAUGAGCGGAAGAGAAUUCUGGCUACCAUCAGAGCAAAGCUUGGACAGAAAGAGGACGAGAUAGCUGCGAUCCAUGACGCCCGUGAUAGAAUGUGGAAGCGCGCCCUGAAAAAUAGCGGGAAAUGGUUGAACCAACUUGAUGAAUAUAAUCAUUGGAUGGAUAGAAACAGUGAUGCAGAUUUUCUCCUCAUGCUGACCGGUGAACCUGGAACAGGCAAAUCCUUCCUGGUCUCUGCGAUUGCCCAGGAGAUCAGAUCUGCAAAUAUAGGGACCACAGCCGAGCGCAGUUUAAUCGGAUAUUAUCACUUCUCCAUGGUUGAUAGAAUGGACAGAGACAACGACAGGCAACAGUUGGAGACAGCGAUAAAGUCAAUAUGCGUCCAGCUCGCUGAGCAGGAUUUGGUCUACGCGAGACGUGUUUCUAGUGCAUUGAAUGACAUCGGAAGGAGUGAGAAGUACUUCAGAGAUGCGAGUUGCGCAGACCUCUGGGCUACGUUGGGAGUCGGAAUGCCAUCCAAGAACACGACGCAUUACAUCCUUCUUGACUCUUUUGGCACGCUCAGUACUGGAGACCGGGAGCGACUUCUGAGGGCGAUCCAACCAAGCGAUGAAGGCAGGUCCAGCCAUGUCAGAUUGCUUGUCAGCGGCGAAGCAGGGGCAUUCCAGAAGGUCCAGUUCCUCCCUUCUCGGACGCGGACCAUCGAUAUCACAAAGUACAAUGGGGGCGACAUCAAAACAUUCAUCGCGGAGGAGCUAAAGGGCGCGGCUCUCUUCCAAGGAGCAGACGAAGACUCGCGGCGACGCAGAAGAAUGGUUGAGGAAAGGCUCCUGACGCGCUCCAACCAUUCCUAUGCAACGAUCCAGCAAGACCUCCGCAAAGUUAAGGUGAUCAUUGCCUCAGGCGGCACCGAAGAAGAGCUGAACCAGACGUUGCAUGAGUCGGAUACGGAUCCACGGGAGCUCGUGCGGUCAGAUCUCAAAACAAUGGAGGCAAUGCUCAAGCCCCGAGAGAUCGAUGAGAUAAAUGAAAUCCUAAUCUGGGCUGUGGCUGCAGGAUCGUUCAUAACCCUGGAGGAACUGGCAGCGGCCCUGUUCCUCCGCUUUAAUACUGUAUCGCUGCAGCCACUUGAUCAAAAGAUCACCGGAAAAUACUCGAAAAUCUUCACCUUGAUAUCGCCCAUCAACGGGAAGUCCCUUGCAUUAAAAGAGCAUGUGGAGGACUGCGUGGUUGUUCAGCGUGACCGGCCUCGGAAUUCACCAGAUGACCCGAAGAUAACGGCUACGAUCAGCAUCACCAACGGAGACCUCCAGAUGGUUCAGCGUUUCUUCUGGGACCUGAAUCAAUAUUCAUUCCUUGGUGGAUUUGCGUUCGCCCGGAUGUCCGAGCAGGCAAACACAGUUCAACGGAAGAUCCACGUGUACAAAGCUGACGCUCACCUAGAGAUUGUCAAGAGGGCCUUUGCCUUCUUCCUCAAACCAGUUGUCGGUGAAAGAGGCAAGGCAAUCGGGUGGUAUUUGAUGAUCAGUCUCUCAAGCCAUCUGGAAGUCCUGUCUGAGGUGGCCGGAUUAGACGAACUCCUGCCCGCAGAUAAGCAUUUCAUUGGGUCGCAUGUCUAUAGUAUGUUCACUGACGGGGAUUUGAUUGAGCGAAACUGGGAACUAUUUCGAUGGGGAGCAAGACGGUACUGUGAUAUUGUCCAUCUCGAAACCUACUGGAGGUGGCUGGAUGACCCCGUGGCAAUCGCUACUCUUGGACCUCGCGACAAACGAUGGCUGGCAGAGUUGAAGAGAGACAAAGAUCCCAACUCGGGGUUAUUGGCUCCAGUAAUGACCAUGGUCGCCCGGAAGUGGCUGCGGGAAACCGAGGGUGACGCUGUCGACGCCUACACCUGGAUCGAGGCAUUUCUAUCCUUGGUAAGCACCCGUUGGACAAAAUCCCUAAGCACUCCGUUUUCUAGUACUUAUAUAUCCUUGAGUGCAGGGCAACAAAUCUGA